UAAAACUUGAGUUAUCUUUUCUUUAAUUUUGAAGGACUUGAGCGUCUUUUAUUUACCUACUAAUUUCAUAAGCGGUUUUCCCGCUUUUAUUUGGUAUAAAAUUGCAUGCUUUUCGUGAAUUGUUCAUUGCGUGAUUUGAACCGAAGGAACACAAAAGGACAGGAUUCAGACAUAAGAUAAGUACAUAUGUUUUAGUGUUAGAUAUAUUUAUUGCAGUUGAAUUUUCCGAAUGAUUUUAUUUCUGUAAUUUGUGACGAAUAAUUUUAUUUUAUUGAAAGUUGUUCUUGCAAUAGUUUGGUUCUAAUUCAAAUUAUCGCGUACUUGGAUAGCUUUUAUACGGAGUAGACUAUUAUUUAAUAGUUACAUUUGUGCACACAUAUAUUAAUCAGUGAAUAGCAUUAAAAUUAAAAUGCUUUAAUACAGGUGAUAAAUUUGUAUUCUUUGUAAUGUAUGAGCGAUAUUCUUUAAACAGGUAAUUACAUGUUGUAGUGUAAGCCGUAUUAACAUUUACAUGUCCGCUAAUGUUUGAUUUGAUACACGUUCAUUUUUUAUAAGUUAUUAAUUUGCGGAUAAUUAAUUAAGCUUGGUUAUUUAACUUGCCGUUUAUAACGACGUUUUAUUUGGUUAAAAAGAACAUUAUACUUGUUUUAAUUGUGUUUUCUUGCCAACUUCAGUUGUUUUGAUUGUAAUGUAUGAACGAUAUUCUUUAAACGGGUAAUUACAUGUUUGUAGUGUAAGCCGUAUUAACAUUUACAUGUCCGCUAAUGUUUUAUUUGAUACACGUGCAUUUUUAUAAGUUAAUUGUAUUUACUUACCAACUUCAGUUAUUUAAUGCAUUCAAAUGUAUUAAGUUUAUUGAAGACAACGUAGUGGGUUAUAUGUGGUAUUUAAUGUAUCUAAAUUGAAUGAUUGAAUAAGAACCUGAAUUUAUAUUUUGAAAUAUGAUUAGGGCUUUUAAUACUUGAUGUAUGUAUCUAAUCUGUUUUUAUAAUUAUAAUAGUUAAUAACAAUGCCAAGGGGUAGAGGCAGGCGUCGUCGGCAGGACCCGGUUGGAGGAGGUCGAGAACUUCGUCAUAGAAGGGCUCCUAGGGAACAACAGCAACCACCAGUUAGGAAUGAGAGAAGGCGUCCCCAAGUUGAGGUUGAUGAAGAUGCCCCUGUAGUUAGAAGACGGAGAGUUGAUGAACCUCAAUUAGUUGCCUUGCAACCAGGUGUAGAAUUGCAAGAGAAUGAACUUCCAUUAGCUGACUUAGCAAAAAAUGACAUUUGGAUCAUUGGUUCAUCUUUGGUAAAAAAGGCAUCUGAACACACUCAAACUAGAGCAACUGGUAUUGAUCUGGGUCUGGAAAAACUUGGUUACAGUGUUGUGUGGAUAGGUCAUUCAGGAAUGUUAUGGCAUAUGGUUCCUUCAAUUAUAACUGCAUUGUUGAAUUGGAGAUCGCAACCUUCAAUAAUUAUUAUUCAUUGCGGUGGUAAUGAUUUAUGUAACAUUCAAAAUGGUAAACUUUUAUACAAUAUUAAGGACACUUUACGUCAGUUAAUGUCAUCGUUACCAAACACAACUGUUAUUUGGUCAUACAUUUUGCCAAGACGAAUUUGGAGGAAUGCCAUGAAUAAAAAGGCAAUAGAGCGAUCUAGAGCCCGUGUAAAUAGGGGUGUUAGAUCUUACCUACACAAAGUUGGGGGCAAGGCUAUUAAACAUACUGAUUUUGAUGAUAUCCAUCCAACUCUUUUCGCUGAUGAUGGCGUACAUCUGUCAUAUAUUGGCAAUGACAUUUUUAUUAAUGCUAUUCAGUCAGCAUUAGAGUUGUUCAUUAAAUAUCCAAACAGAUUUUUAUAUCCAAAUGAACUUUAAAGUGUUCUAAUUUGUAAGCCAUCGUGCAUGGACUCAUGAUGUUGUAUGUCAGUUGAAUAAUUUAUUCAGUUG